AUGCUCGACCAUUGCUCAAUAUCCCACAAGGGUGGUGUGAUCUUAUGGUCCCGCUCUUUCACACCUGCAGCAUCUCAGUCAGCGGCCAGCUCCGCUUCGCCAGUUAGCUCGCUCAUCCGUGACGCACUCAUUGAGGGACGUUCCGCGGAGUCGCAGUUUGAGAAAGAUGGCUAUGCACUUAAAUGGACCUUUGUAAAUGACCUUGAGCUCAUCUUUGUGGUCGCGUACCAGCGCAUACUGCAGCUUACUUACGUAGACGAUCUCCUAGCAGCUCUCAAGACUCUCUUCGUCAAGGUGUUCCAGCCAUUUCUUGCCACGUUUGUUGCGUCACUGCAUGCAGCUUCGUCGUCAACCACCCUACUCGGAGCCUCCGGCUCCGGCUCCGAGACCGCUUUCGCUUGGGAUUUUACCAGCACAUUUGAGAAGUGGGACACGGUUUUCGAUAACUUGCUCAAGACUUUUGAAACCAAGGCAGCACAGGAGCGGAAGUCUCGUCUGAAGCACAUCGAUCCGGCCGUGCAUACGCCGGUGGAGUCAACUCCUCCUUCUGACGACCAAAGCACUUUUCCUUCCCAGUCCAAUCCGACGACCGUUGACGAGGAGCAGAUCGCACGAAACGUUCAAGCACUCAAGAACCGACUCAAGCCCAAAGGUCCUGGUGGUGCAGCAGGGAGGAAGGGACGACGUGGUGUGGGAGGUGCGGGAAGUGGGCUGGAAAGUGUACCAGGAUCCGACUCUGAUACACCCUCGAAGGCGAAGAAAUCCAAGACCAAAGCGCGACGCAAAUGGGGCGAUGAGGCACCCUCGGAGUCGGACAUGGCCUCGCUGGAUUUCAGCUACAUUCAAGUGGACUCGCCAUCGACUAAACAGACGACAAUGAGUUUGUCUGCGCUGGUUGACCAAGCCAGUAUGGGUACUAGAACAAAUGAAGGAAUGUACGAGGUCAAAGAUUGGGACUUCGAUGUUCCACCGACAAGGAACGUGGCAGCGGCUACCGCGGUGGAGAAGCCGGGGACAUCACUCGGAGCCCUGGGCUCUCUGUUCUCUAGGAUCACGGGGUCGAAGACUUUAACUCAAGCCGAUCUUGCGCCUGUUUUAGAGGGCAUGAAGCAGCACCUCAUGAAGAAGAACGUGGCGAAGGAGAUUGCCGAGAAGGUCGUCGAGAGUGUUGGAGAAGACCUCAUCGGUCGGCGCAUCACUGGCUGGGGUGGCACCAAUACUGCGGUUCGGAACGCACUAAGCACUGCUCUCACCAGGAUCCUUACUCCGAAAACCUCCACCGAUCUCUUGCUCUCCAUCCGAACGAAGCUGUCUGAAAGUCAGUCCUCCAUGGUUGGUGGUCAGACGGGCAAGAAGGAACCAUAUAGCAUUGUCUUCGUCGGUGUUAACGGUGUUGGCAAGAGUACGAACCUGAGCAAAGUCUGCUUUUGGCUCGUGCAGAACGGAAUGCGAGUUCUGAUCGCUGCAUGCGACACCUUUCGGAGUGGCGCAGUCGAGCAAUUGCGGGUCCAUGUCCGUAACCUGAGUAUGCUUGGUGUAAACGGAGCUACGGAUAGCAAAGGCCGAGUCGAGCUCUAUGAAAAGGGCUAUGGCAAGGAUGCUGCUGGCAUUGCUAAGGAAUCUAUCUCGUAUGCAAAAGACCACGACUUUGACGUGGUUCUCAUCGACACUGCGGGUCGAAUGCAAGAUAACGAGCCUCUUAUGCGCGCACUCGCGAAGCUAGUCAGCACGAACAGUCCCGACAAAAUCAUCUUUGUUGGAGAAGCGCUUGUUGGUAACGAAGCCGUAGACCAGCUGACUAAAUUUGACCGCGCGUUGCGAGACUUUAGCGCUGCUUCUGGUUAUGGUGGUGGAAGUGCGAAGGAGCGAGGCAUCGACGGCAUGAUUGUCACCAAGUGGGACACAGUUGAUGACAAGGUUGGUGCUGCUCUGUCGAUGACCUACGUUACUGGUCAGCCGAUCAUUUUCGUCGGAUGCGGACAGACAUACACAGACUUGCGGCAACUCCGUGUCUCAAAUGUCGUCCAAGCGAUUUUGGACGACUAGCCCGCAUGCGAUCCGUAUACUCGACAAAAUUGUUUUGGGUAGAACAGGAUUGUGAGUAACUGUACAUGUUGUCUUAAGUAAUGAGUGUAUACCAAGUGGGAAUAGUGUACUUCGAUGGUUGUGGUUUCCGGCGGAUGUUAUACAUAGACCAUCUUAAUUGAUCAGACAGAAGCUGAUAUCUUGUUGGCGGAUGUGAUAUGAGUCUCGCAGGCC